AAAGAUAAAAAAGGGAUGUGGCCCAGAUCCUUUCACAAUAAUAACCUUUGCAGCAAACUUCUGCUUUCCCUCGUGGUCAUUUCCAAGCAGGACACUGGCGUGUCCUGCUCCAUCUCCCCACCCGUGCAACAAGAAGCUCAAGGUAAGAGCAAGAGGUCGGCAAGGCUGAGCUCCAGCUCCUCCCUGCAGCAGAUGCAGACCGUGUGGGCAAUGCUCAUCUGCCUGGCUGGAGGACAGCUCGCAAGUGCCUCCUUCUGCAAGACUUAUGGCACCAUCCCAGGCAUCCCAGGGUUACCAGGACAGCCUGGCAGCAACGGCAGAGAUGGGGAGAAUGGCCCAAAGGGCGAGCAAGGUCCCCCUGGCCAGGUGGAGCACGAAGCAGACAAGGGGGAGAAAGGAGAUCCCGGAGUACCAGGGCACCCUGGGAAGAUCGGCCCCAGGGGCCUUCCAGGUUCAAGGGGAUUACCAGGUCCACGGGGACUCCCUGGCCCUCAGGGGGACUCUGGUGACUACAAGUCCACCCUCAAGUCUGCCUUCUCCGCUGCCAGGACCAUCAGCUCCUACCCACGCCGCGAGCAGCCCAUCCGCUUUGACCGCAUCAUCACCAACGAGAAGGGUCACUAUGAGAACCGCUACGGCCGCUUCACCUGCCGGAUCCCAGGCAUCUACUACUUCACCUACCACGUCACCUCCAGGGGCAACCUGUGCCUCAACGUGAAGAAGGGCCGGGGCAGCAGGGGUGAGAAGGUGGUGACCUUCUGCGACUACGUGCACAGCAGCUACCAGGUCACCACCGGCGGUGUGGUCCUCAAAAUGGCAGUGAACGAGUCUGUCUGGCUGGAGCCAACGGAGAAGAACUCCCUGGUGGGGAUUGAAGGGUCUGACAGCAUCUUCUCCGGCUUCCUCAUCUUCCCUGGGGCUUAGCCUGCUGAAGGUGUCUCUCUGCAGCCCUUCUGCUGCUGCUGGCUGAAGAUGCCCCUGGAAAUGACUCUUCGCUCCACAUCUGGUGCCCUGAAACCUGUUGCUGCCGGCCUUGCACAUUAAAUGACAGCUCUUUGUGCUGCUGGUUCCUUCCUGCCUAGAA